GCUCCUGUAUGUAGAUGUUGGACAUGGCAGGUGUAUAAGCUUAAGGCAUAACACCGGGAUCUUCAUUUCUACAUUCAAAUUCCUCGAAUCGAGCUAUCCACUCGUUAGAUCUGAGAACUUGGCAGACAAAAAAAUAAUAUUUUGGACACAAACCCUGUAAACAUUAUCAACUGCAUUCAGUAUGGCAGCCGAAAAAGCCGCAUGGGAUGAUUUGCUUCAAUGGCAGCGCGAGAUAAAUAACAAAGACCGACAGCUUUUGCGAACCAAGGCUAUGCGAGAAGCAUCAACUGCUCCUGUUCAGGAAACACGGAAAAUUGAUCUUACUACUGCAGAGCCAAUAGGUCUAAGCGCUUUGAAAGGCAAGAUUAAAGCCCAAGCACCUAUUUCAGUCAAGGGCUCUGCCAAUGAUGAUAAAGCUACUGCCGUGUCCGAAAAAGAACUGGGCAACAAAGCAUUCCAAGCACAGCGCUACGACCAAGCCAUUGAACACUACACAAAAGCUAUUCAGUUGGACGACCAAAAUGCGAUUUAUGUCAUCAACCGUGCUAUGGCUUAUCUAAAAGUAGAAAGAUUUGCUGAAGCUGAGAGAGAUUGCACCGUCGGUCUUAAAUUGCAACCGCAGCACGUGAAAGCGCUUUUUCGCCGAGGUAUGGCUCGACGACAGCUGGGCAAAUUGUCUGAAGCACGAACAGAUUUGGAGCAAGCUCUGAAGUUGAGCACGGAUAAUGGGACGAUCAAGGCUGAACUUGAUGCUGUCAUUUUGGCGCAAACCAAUUUGAAAAUUCAACCUAACGCAGCAAAGAGCUCACCAUCCACUACACCAACGCGUAAACUCGAUAUUCAGUUUGAGAACACUAUGUACUCUUCAAAUCAAGUGGAGCAAAGCGUUACACCGACGACCACCACACCCAUUGCCCCACAAUCCAGCAGGCAAUUCACUCUCCCUAAGCAGCCUACAACUAUGACGGAAUUUACGCGGGAUUGGAGAAUGUGCAAAAGCCGAGGGAAUGCCAUAUUAUAUCAAUACAUGAAGUCUAUCGACCCAAAGAGAUAUGGAGAAUUGUUUAAGGCAUUUUUAGAAUCGGAGCAUCUUGAUCAAAUGAUUGAGAUAUUGGAUCAAUGCUACGACUCGGGACAAGCUAUUAAAGAUGUAUUGGAAGGGCUUUUGAAGGUCAAGAGAAUUGAUAUGCUGAUCAUGUUCUUGGAGCGCAAACAGCAAGAAGGCUUGAAAAGGGUUUUCAGGCGUAUGGAAGAAAAGUUGGGUCAAGUUGACCAAAGGUUGCGCAAAUCAUGGUCGGUUGACGCUGCUACUUAGUGCUUGCUAUUUUGGGCACAAUCGCUUGUUACAUAUGUGAGAAUCGGCCGAUUAUGGAACAAAGCAAUUUAGAACCACUUGUUAACAAGCCACUCUAGUGACA